AUGCUUCCCGUAUCGAAAAGUGUUCCUCCAACUGAGAAGUUCCUCCUCCGCCAGAUUUUUGGGUUCAGUUUCUUUCUUCAAUCCAAUAUCUUUUCGGACUCACAAAAGCAAGCCACAAAAGACGCCGGAGAAGUGGCGGGGCUAAACGUCCUUGGUAUCCUGAAUGAACCGACGGCGGCAGCUAUCGCGUACAGUCUUUCCUACACGGACGAACUCAAAAGGAACGUCGUCAUCUAUGAUUUGGGUGGUGGCACUUUUGACGUUUCGAUUCUCGCCAUACAAAAAGGAGAAAUCGAAGUGAAGGCUGUUGGAGGAAACAACCAUUUGGGAGGACAAGAUUUCGACAACGCCAUGUUGGAUCACUGCCUCAAGGAAUUUCAACUGAAACACGGAAUUGAUCUCCGGACCGGGGAUCGCGACACAAUUAUCCAAGGAAGACUUCGAAGAAUUCGGCAUAUCUGCGAAAAAGAAAAGAUUGGCCUUUCCGAAACUUCUUCGGUUACCGUAAUUGCGGAAGCUGUCACCCCUGAUAAAAAUUUGAGCGUUGCCAUCACCCAGGAUCAAUUUAACGAAAUGAAUAAUGCCAGCUUCCUCGUAACGAUCGAUGUGGUGAAGAAGGCUCUUGCCGAAGCCCACCUAACUCCGGACGACAUUGAUGACGUGGUCCUUGUCGGGGGGUCCAUUCGAAUCCCCAAAGUCCAACAAAUGCUUCAAGAUUGUUUUCCCGGGAAGACUCUGAAUAUGAAACUAAAUCCGGAUGAGGUUGUCGCAAGGGGGCAGCAAUUUAUGCCGCGAUGCAAAGCGGCUCACAAGCCCGGCUCCUGGGACAUAUUUCACUUUCUGAUGUUGCCCCACUUUCACUUGGAAUUGAAACUUCCCGCCACCAAGACCAAGCAGUAUACCACGAGCACUAAUAAUCAAACAGAGGUCACAAUCAAAGUGUUCGAAGGCGAGGAUAAAGUGGCGACAGAGAAUAAUUUACUAGGAACUUUUAGCCUGACCGGGAUUCCACCUGGGCCGGUGGGACGGGAAAAAAUUGACGUUACCAUAGACGUCAAUAAAGAGGGAAUUUUGAAUGUGACGGCAAAAAUCAUUUCCACCGGUGGAAAUAAGGAGGUGAGGAUAGAUUCUCAGCGAACUAAUCUUACCCGAGAGGAGAUUGCUAGGCUAGCUUAG